AUGCUAGAUCGAAUCAAGACGAGCAUGGGCCUUUCCAAGGCGCCGACGACGAACUCACAGGAGUACGGGCUGCUCAAUGAGGACUUUGCCGACCAGCGCCCUUGUCAACAACACCACGCCGAUGGUGCGAAGACACAAUGGAGGUGGCCGUCCUUGGCUCUUUCGUUUCUCCUCGGAGCCCUCUCGGCCUUUGCCUUGGGCUUAAUAGUCAGCAGCUCCAUCUUCCAUACCCCGGCAGCAACUCGAAGGUUUCCAGAGGUUCGUCUGGGAUUCGACAACAAGACCGGUCUUCCGCUGCAUUGGUACAACGGCGACUGCGGCAACUCGCCUGCCGAAGCCCGCGCUCUCGGCUGCCACUUUGACAGCGCCAUCCACGCAUGGCUCCCCAAGGACUGUCUGACGGACGACGACCUCGAGGAUGAAGCCCUCAUGUACCAGGGCAGGGACUGGCCGUACGAAAUCGACGGCAAGAACAUGACCCUGGAGCAGGUGCAGGCCGGGGACUACCACAACAUUACGACUACCUUUGACAUGCACAUGACGCAUUGCAUGUAUGUGUUGAAGAGGAUGCACAGGGUGAUGCUGGACGCGACGCAAAAGAUGGACUCCUAUACUGUCAACUUUAAUCACACGACACACUGCGUUCACCUGCUCAAGCAGUUCUCGGGGGAGACAGAGAGCGAGGGGGGUGGACACAAGCUCUUUGUCAAAUACCCAAUCUGCCUAUAG